GGCGACAAAUAUUGAUUUAGAUAGACUUUAACCCUGGGGUAGGAGGCUCAUACUUAUUUGCUCAGUUAAAUCCAUAUGACACUUGUUUUUAGGUGUAUUCACUCAGAUCUGCAUUUCAUACGACUUAAACAAAGUCAACAAAUCUGAAGCAUGGAAAAACGCUUGAAACUAACAUAAUAAUGGAUUCAAAUGUAGUAGAAAGUCCCUCUACAAUGAGCGUUGGCUUUACUGCUAACCUGCCCAACGGCCGAGCUCGUGGCAUGUCAACGGUUAUCGUUGACCACCAGUAACGGCUACCAACGGCCACACUUGGUCGUAAACGUUGUAAACGGGAAACACCAGCUACUUGACGUGUACCCGAUAAAACAGAAAGGGCACAAAAAAGAAAAUGUGCCCGGCAGAAAGCUAAACUUUAGUUGACUGACCAAGUUACGGUAAUUUAGAGAGAAUAGGAAGAAGAACAGAGCUUUUCCCAAAUCCAAAGGAGUUGAGUUGAUUCCUUCCUCCUUCAGCAUGGAUGCACCCAAUUCGAAGGCAGAAAAGGCCAGGUAUAAGCAAGCAAGAGAAGAGCGAAAAAAGCUCCUCACCCCUGCACACAAGUACAUGAUAGACAUCCUGGCUGACAGACUGGCCUUGGAACAAACCACAGUAGAGGAAUUUAUCUUGGAUUCGUCAUCUUUGGCUGCUUUUAAAAAUUUCUUCGCCACUGGAGGAUCUAAAACCAUUUCCUUUGUGUAUCAAGAGUCUAACAUUCCCGGAAUAGAGUGUGGCCGCGUAUAUCCUGGGGGUGCCAGUGGAGGAAAAGUGUUGAGGCUAUUUUUAGCUGAUUUAGCCCAGACAUGCCUUACAGGCAUUUGCUGCUGCUUCACACGGACCAGAGUGGACAAUCCUGUGAAUUCAGAAAACAUACAUCAGGAGAUCUAUUUUUCAAUGGUUGAUUCCAGAGACGGUCUUCUGAAAGGAAUAAAGAAUGUCUACAGCUUUCUGCUCCCAGCUGUAGAUGCAACACAAAACUGGGGUGCCUUAGACAAGUCUAGAUAUGGAGAAAAAAUCAAAAAGAACUUCAAAUACACCAUGAAACACUGUCUUAGCUCCUUGGAUGACAUCCAGAUGAGCAAUGAAAGCAUUGUUCAUAUGACUACAGUCUCAGAUAUUGACUUCUCUAAACUGGUGUCCCUUGAGGAUAUGAAAGUUGCGGCUGCCAACUUUGACAUGGUGCAUCGACUUGAAGAAAUUCUAACGCAGUGGUGCAAGCAAAUCGAGCAGGUUCUGUUAGAGAGUGAUCAGUUGAGGAAAGAGGUUGAUUGUGCAGGUCCACUGAGUGAGUUAGAACACUGGAAAAGGAUGUCUUUAAGGUUCAACUCCAUCAUUAAUCACAUCAAAAGCCCAGAGUGUAAAGCAGUGGUAAUGGUACUCCAUAUCAGCCGUUCCAAAAUUAUGAAGAUGUGGCGGGAGCUGGAUGUCAGGAUAACAGAACGUGCCAAUGAAGCAAAAGACAACGCAAAAUUCUUGUACACACUGGAGAAAGUCUUUCAUCCUCUGUACAACAGUGACCCGAUUACCAUGGUGAAAAGCGUGCCAAAUGUCAUCAAUGCUAUCCAUAUGAUUUUCCGUGUUUCACUAUACUACAAUACAAAUGAAAGGAUAUCUGCAUUGUUCAUUAAAGUCACAAAUCAGAUGGUUACAGCUUGCAGAUCAUAUAUUACUGCCAAUGGCACAUGUCUUAUAUGGGAUCAAGAUGCGGAACAUCUCAUCAGCAAAAUGCAGGACUGUAUUCGCUUGUAUCAGGAGUAUCAGAAAUGCUUCCAGAAAACAAAGAUCCAAACAGUGGAAGAACCUGGAAAAAUGACCUUUGAGGUUUCAGAGAUGCAGAUCUUUUGCAAGUUUGAGCGCUUCUGCAAUCAGCUUGAAAAGAUUACACAAAUAAUCACAGUGUUCAAGACAUUUGCGCCUCUUGAGAAAUCAAACAUUGAGGGCAUCGAGAGUCUAGCCAGACAGUUCUACACUGUGUCCAUGAAUUUGAAAAGGAAGCAGUAUGACAUGUUGGCUCCAAGGACAGCCGAAUUUUCAGCUGAUUUUGUUAAAUUUAUGGCUCAAAUCAGCAACAUUGAGAACCAGCUGCAGGCUUUUAUGAGUUCAUGGUUCACAGACAUCACAUUGUCUGAGCAAGCUCUCGUCCUGCUGCAGCGUUUUCAGAGGCUGAAUAUUCCCUGCCUUGACGCUAAAAUUCCUGAAAUUUUGUGCCUCAUUCUAAAGCAUUACACCUCCGAAAUAGAGUUUGUCAAACAGCUCUAUGACAAAAACAAAGAGGAUCCCCCUUUAGCUAGAAACAUGACUCCUACAGCCGGAAAGAUUGGUUGGGUCAGGCACCUCUACAAAAAAAUAGAACAACCCAUAUCAUAUAUGAAAGAAAACUCUGAGAUCCUGUGCAGUCCUGAGGGACGAGAUGUGGUCACAAUGUACAACCAAACUGCAGCUACCUUAGUGGAAUUUGAAUGUGUCACCCACCAAGCAUGGAUUGAUGAAGUAUCAACGCUGAACGUCUUGAAUGUGACACUGCUGAUUCGUCACCCUACGACUGGAAAGUUCCUGGUCAACUUUGAUCCUAAAGUAACUGAGGUUAUCCGGGAGACUAAGUGUCUGCUGAAGAUGGGUCUGAAGGUGCCAAAGCAAGCUUUACGUCUUGUUCAUAUGGAAACAGACAUUAAAGCCAAUCACCUCAGACUACAGACAAUUUUGUCAGAUUAUGAGUCCGCUUGUAUGAGCAUACCUGCAGACUUCACCAGUCUAAUGGCUGCAAAAAUAAAAAAUGUGGAAUCUGCACUUCGUCAUGGCUCAGUGCUGCUCACCUGGUCAUCCUUCCUUCUGGACAAGUUCUUCCAAAAUGUUGAGACUUGUUUGUUUGAGCUCAAAUAUGUCGUAAGCAAGGUGAGGGAUAUUUGUAAGAUACGCAUUGAUGACGUCCUUAAAGACAUCUCAAAGACAGUUCUGAUUGAGCUUCCUGAAGAUCGUGCAUCUUCAUUGCAGCACCUGAUCGACUGUAAUAAGACUUAUUGUAAGGAGUGGGCAAAGAAAUUGGAUUACAAGUGUAGUCAUGUUAAAGCAGCAGUCAUGGAGCUGGAUAAUGUGUUAAGGACCAUUUAUGAACCAAAAGUCCCCAAGACCAUUGAGGAACCUGUUCCAGGAAGGAGGAGUGCGACAUUCUCAGGAGGGAGCCAGGGGAAGUUCAUUGAGGAUGAAGGAGAGACUUUAGAAGGUGCUGUCAAAGAUAAAGCUGUUAAAUUUGAAAAGGAGUUUAAGAAACUUUAUGAACACUUCAGUGCAAGGGUAUUAGAUGCACUCGUCAAAACAACCAAAAUGUCUCUGGAAACCCUGAAAAGGAGAAUUUGUGGCUCUAAGACAUACAAGACGUCUGUGGUGAAGGAGGUCCCUCUAAUAAAAUCUGAAAUUCAGCUGAACACUCCCAACGUGGUAAUGAACCCCACCAUAGAUGAGAUCCAACACGCCGUAAAUCAACUAACUGACUUGGUUUUGGAAGUUAGCAGAGAUAUUACGUGGCAGCUGGAGUACAGUCGCAGCGAUGCAAUGAGUAAAGACAAUUUCUAUCACUGUGUUGUUGAACACAAGGACAUCAAAAGAGUUAUGAUCAUUCUGAAAUCAGCAAUCAGCGUAGAGAGGGAACAGGCAGCUGAGAUUCUGAUGCAGUUCAGUCCUUUCAGAUUGCUCUGGGAGGAGGACAGGAACCUCAAAAUCAAGGAAUUUGUGGCCAGUAAACCGUCCUUGAUCCAGUUUCAGUCUGAAAUCCAGCACUAUGACUCAGUUGAAAAAGAAAUUGAUGAUGUCAAGCCCGUCAUUGUUUUUAGGUCUAUGGAAUUGUCAACAGGUUCAUUAAAGAAGGCCCUGAAAGUCGAGACCAAAGCCUGGAAGAAACUGUUAUGUAAAUACCUGAAGGAGGAGUACAAGAAGAAAAUGAUUGACAUCAGCAUACAUACUAACAAAUACUUUGUACAACUAUCACACCCUGUGGAUAAUCUGGAAGACGUGCGCCGCGCCAUGGGGGCCCUGUCUACACUUCGAGAUGCUGAAAUACAGACCGAUAUGACUCUGAUUUCCAUUGAGGAAGCCUAUGCCAUUCUGUCUAAAUAUGAAGCAGAUGUGACCAAAAGAGAAGCAGAGGGAGUUUACAAUCUGAGGCAUUUCUUCACAAAGCUUCAGUCUAAAGCUAGAUCAGUGCAAGAUGAGCUUGUCCAUAUGCAGCCCAAGUUCAAACAAAACCUUUUGGAGGGUGUUGCUGUCUUCCAAAACAAAGUUGGCACAUUUAUGGAACAGUAUGAGUCUGAAGGUCCCAUGGCUGAUGGAAUACCACCACAAGAAGCCAGCCGCAGGCUCCGGGUGUCCCAGGCUGCAUUUGAAGGACUUUGGAAAAAUUUCAACACAUACACCUCUGGGGAGCAGCUGCUUGGUUUGCCAGUUACAGAGUAUAAAUGUCUAGUCACGAAAAAAAAAGAGCUUGAUCUGCUCCAGAAACUCUAUGGCCUGUAUGAUGCAGUGAUGAGUAAGAUUAGUGGGUACUAUGGCAUUCUGUGGACAAAAGUGGAUAUAGAAAAAAUCAAUUCAGAACUUUUGGAAUUUCAGAACAGAUGCCGAAAGCUACCCAAAGCACUGAAAGACUGGCAGGCGUUCCUAGACCUUAAGAAGACCAUUGAUGAUUUCAAUGAAUCGUGCCCUCUGCUUGAGCUGAUGGCAAACAAAUCUAUGAAGCUACGACACUGGAAGCGGAUAACAGACUUGACUGGACAUGAAUUUGAAGUGGAGUCUCCUACCUUUACGCUGCAGAACAUCAUGGAAGCGCCGUUAUUGAAGUACAAGGAUGACAUUGAGGAUAUCUGCAUAUCAGCCGUAAAGGAGAAGGAUAUUGAGGCUAAAUUAUCACAAAUAAAAGAGGUGUGGUCAAACCAGACCCUUAGUUUGAUGACAUUUAAGAACAGAGGAGAACUAAUGCUGAAAGGAGCUGAGACAGCUGAGAUUCUCACCAUUCUGGAGGACAGUCUGAUGGUCUUGGGUUCUCUGCUGAGCAACAGAUACAGCGCCUUCUACAAAGCAGAGAUCCAGGAUUGGGUCUCCAAGCUGUCAAUAUCGUCAGAUGUAAUUGAACAGUGGAUUAUUGUUCAGAAUCUCUGGAUCUAUUUGGAAGCUGUGUUUGUUGGGGGUGAUAUUGCCAAAGACCUACCACAGGAAGCAAAGCGAUUUCAGAAUAUUGAUAAAUGUUGGAUUAAGGUCAUGCAACGAGCACAAAAGGUCACAAAUGUGGUAGAGUGCUGUGUGGGAGAUCCAACUCUGGGGGAGAACCUGCCAGAUCUUCAGAAACAGCUGGAGUUCUGUCAAAAAUCGCUUGCAGGGUACCUUGAGAAAAAGAGGCUUUUGUUUCCACGUUUCUUCUUUGUGUCUGAUCCGGCCCUUUUGGAAAUCCUUGGACAAGCCAGUGAUUCUCACACAAUUCAGUCACAUCUCCUUGGUGUCUUUGACAAUGUAAACGAAGCAGAGUUUCAUGCAACAGACUAUGACAAGAUUUUGGCAGUUAUUUCACAAGAAGGAGAGAAACUAUCGCUGAACACUGCAGUCAUGGCACAGGGACCAGUGGAGCUCUGGCUUGGGAAGCUGUUGAUGCAGCAGCAGGCUUCAUUACACACUGUUAUCAAAGCUUCAGAUCUAGAGAUAAAUGAUGAAGACUUUGAUCUUCUCUCUUUCCUCAACAAAUUUCAAGCCCAGGUGGGCCUGCUAGGAAUCCAGAUGCUUUGGACAAGAGAUGCAGAAGAGGCCCUUGAAAAUGCUGAAGACGACAAGGAAAUCAUGCCUUUUACCAAAAAGAAAUUCCUAAAUCUACUCAGCACACUCAUUAAACAAACUACCUACGACCUCACUAAAUUUGACAGAAUCAAAUAUGAGACACUUGUCACAAUCCAUGUGCACCAGAGUGAUAUAUUUAAUGAUUUGGUGAAAAAGCGUAUUAAAUCUAUCAGUGACUUUGAAUGGCUGAAGCAGAGCAGAUUUUACUUCAAGGAGGACCUGGAUAAGGUCAUUGUAUCGAUUACUAAUGUUGACUUCAUUUAUCAGAAUGAGUUCCUGGGCUGCACAGAUCGUCUGGUCAUCACUCCUCUGACUGACAGGUGUUACAUCACACUGUCCCAGGCUCUAGGUAUGAGCAUGGGAGGAGCUCCUGCUGGACCAGCCGGCACUGGGAAGACAGAAACUACCAAAGACAUGGGUCGCUGCCUUGGCAAGUAUGUUGUGGUUUUCAAUUGCUCUGACCAGAUGGACUUCAGAGGACUUGGCAGGAUAUACAAAGGCCUUGCACAGUCUGGGUCAUGGGGCUGCUUUGAUGAGUUCAACAGAAUUGACCUGCCAGUGCUUUCUGUUGCUGCUCAGCAGAUCUACAUUGUUCUGCAAGCACGCAAGAAACACAAAAGUAAAUUUAUUUUUACUGAUGGAGACUGUGUUGACCUGAAUCCUGAGUUUGGUCUGUUCAUCACUAUGAAUCCUGGAUAUGCAGGUCGUCAGGAACUUCCUGAAAACCUAAAAGUGCAAUUCAGAACAGUGUCUAUGAUGGUGCCAGACCGACAGAUCAUCAUGAGAGUCAAACUUGCCAGCUGUGGAUUCAAUGAAAAUGUUAUCUUAGCCCAGAAAUUCUUUGUUCUUUAUAAGCUAUGUGAAGAACAACUUACUAAACAGGUUCACUAUGACUUUGGACUCAGGAACAUCCUGUCUGUGUUAAGAACACUUGGGGCCUGUAAAAGAGCACGACCUGAUGACACAGAGUCAAGCACUGUCAUGAGAGUGCUGCGUGACAUGAAUUUAUCCAAACUGGUGGAUGAGGAUGAGCCACUCUUCCUUAGUCUGAUCAAUGACCUGUUUCCUGGUAUCCAGUUGGAUGGGAGCACAUAUACUGAACUUCAGGCCGCUGUUUCUAAUCAAGUAGAGCUAGCUGGUAUUGUCAACCACCCACCAUGGAACCUCAAGCUUGUUCAGCUUUAUGAGUCUUCGCGAGUGCGCCAUGGCCUUAUGACUUUGGGCCCAAGUGGAGCUGGGAAGACCACGGUCAUCAACAUUCUCAUGAGAUCCAUGACUGAAUGUGGAAGCCCUCACAGAGAGAUGCGCAUGAACCCGAAAGCAAUCACUGCACCACAGAUGUUUGGUCGUCUUGAUGCCGCUACAAAUGAUUGGACGGACGGUAUCUUUUCCACUUUGUGGAGGAGGACACUGAAAGCUAAGAAAGGGGAAUUCAUAUGGAUUGUGCUGGAUGGUCCUGUGGACGCCAUAUGGAUCGAGAACCUCAAUUCUGUUCUGGAUGAUAACAAAACGCUGACCCUAGCUAAUGGUGACCGCAUCACAAUGUCACCAUCCUGCAAGUUGGUGUUUGAGGUGCAUAACAUGGAUAAUGCCUCCCCUGCUACUGUGUCUCGAGUGGGUAUGGUCUUUAUGAGCUCAUCAGCUCUCAGCUGGAGACCCAUACUCCAGGGAUGGGCACAUAGGCACAAUGCAAAACACGCUGAAAGCAUUAUUAGUUUGUAUGACAGGGCAUUUGAGGAUGUCUACUUGUUUAUGAGGCAGAACCUUAAACCCAAAAUGGAGCUUUUAGAGUGUAACUACAUAAUGCAGUCUGUGAAUCUGCUGGAGGGCCUCCUUGCGUCCAAGGAGACAAGUGGCUUUGCUGGUGGCAAACACCUUGAGCGCCUCUUUGUCUUUUGCCUGAUGUGGAGCCUGGGAGCCCUUUUGGAGUUAGAGGAUAGAGACAAACUAGAAACUUUCAUCAGAGGCCAUGACAGCUGUAUUGAUGUGCCUGAAGUAAAGCCAGGAGAAACUAUGUUUGAGUACAUGGUUAACGCGAAUGGUGAAUGGUGUCACUGGAACAACCUCGUGGGCGAAUAUGUUUAUCCAACCGACCAUGUUCCAGACUACACCUCCAUUCUUGUGCCAAACGUGGACAACACAAGAACCUCUUUCUUGCUCGAGACUAUUGCCAAACAACGCAAGGCUGUUCUGCUUAUUGGUGAACAAGGGACAGCUAAGACAGUGAUGAUAAAAGGCUACACAAAAAAAUACGAUCCUGAGACAGACCUGUUUAAAUCCCUGAACUUCUCAUCUGCAACAGAACCCAUGAUGUUUCAGCGAAUAGUGGAAAGCUACAUUGAGAAAAGAAUUGGCAGCACCUAUGGACCCCCAGGAGGGCGCAGGAUGACAGUCUUUGUCGACGAUAUAAACAUGCCUAUUGUCAAUGAAUGGGGGGAUCAGAUCACCAAUGAGAUUGUCCGCCAAAUGAUGGAAAUGAGUGGCAUGUACAAUCUGGACAAACCAGGAGAUUUUACCAUUGUUGAGGAUGUACAGAUACUGGCUGCCAUGAUUCACCCUGGUGGAGGGAGAAAUGAUAUCCCGCAAAGACUAAAAAGACAGUUUACAGUCUUCAACUGUACUUUGCCAUCCAACACUUCCAUUGAUAAGAUAUUUGGUGUAAUAGGGUGUGGAUAUUUUCACGAGUGCAGAAAUUUCAGCCCUGCAAUAUCAGAUAUGAUUGUGUCCCUUGUGUCUGCUGGGAGGAUUUUAUGGCAGUGGACAAAGGCAAAAAUGCUCCCCACACCAUCAAAGUUCCACUACAUCUUCAAUUUGAGAGACUUGUCCAGGAUCUGGCAAGGAAUGGUGAACGUUAAGGCAGAGGAGUGCAAUGAUAUCCCUACUCUUUUGGCUCUUUUCAAGAGUGAAUGUACAAGAGUUAUUGCAGACAGGUUUAUUUGCUCUGAGGACAGAGAGUGGUUUGAGAAGACUGUAACCCGUGUGAUUGAAGAGCAUGUUGACCCUGGCCUGGUCCCAGAACUUCAUCCUGAGCCGUACUUUGUGGACUUCCUUCGAGAUGCUCCUGAGCCAACUGGGGAAGAAGCAGAAGAUGCUUGCUUCGAUGCCCCUAAAAUUUAUGAACUGGUACCAAAUUUUGAGUUCUUAUCAGAAAAGCUGGUGAUGUAUCAGACUCAGCACAAUGAAACUGUAAGAGGCUCCACUCUGGAUCUGGUUUUCUUCACAGAUGCUAUGACCCAUCUUAUCAAGGUCUCACGAAUCAUUCGAACUGACAAUGGAAAUGCAUUACUUGUCGGAGUGGGCGGAUCAGGAAAACAGAGCCUGACUCGACUAGCCUCAUACAUAGCUGGAUACAAUAUCUUCCAGAUCACAUUAACCAGAACAUACAACGUGAGUAAUUUCAUGGAUGACCUGAAAGUGUUGUAUAAAACAGCGGGCGCUGAAGGCAAAGGCAUCACCUUCAUCUUUACUGACAAUGAAAUCAAAGAUGAGGCAUUCCUUGAGUACCUCAACAAUGUUCUCUCUUCUGGAGAGGUCUCCAAUCUUUUUGCUAAAGAUGAGAUUCAAGAGAUCACCCAGAAUUUGAUCUCAGUGAUGAAAGCAGAGUUUCCUCGCAUUCCACCAACUUUUGACAAUCUUUAUGACUACUUUAUAUCUCGGUCUAGAAAGAAUCUGCAUGUUGUUCUUUGCUUCUCACCGGUCGGACAGAAGUUUCGCUCUAGAUCUCUGAAGUUUCCAGGGUUGAUUUCUGGUUGCACAAUGGACUGGUUCACCCCUUGGCCCAAUGAGGCUUUGGUGGCUGUGUCCAACUAUUUUUUGUCAGAGUUUCCGAUGGUUUGCUCUGAUGCUGUGAAAGCUUCUGUCGUGACCACUAUGGGAACAUACCAUGACAAAGUGUCUGAAACAUGUGAAAGCUACUUUGAAAGAUUCCGAAGAAGAACUCACGUCACCCCUAAAUCCUACCUUUCUUUUAUCAAUGGCUACAAAACGCUGUAUGCUGAAAAACAUAACUAUAUCAACACACUGGCAGAGCGCAUGAAUGUUGGGUUGGAGAAACUGCAAGAGGCGAGUGAAUCUGUUGAUCAACUAUCGAAAGAUCUUAAAGUAAAGGAAAAAGAGCUUGCCGUAGCAUCUCUCAAAGCUGACAAGGUGGUGGCAGAGGUAACAGUCAGUGCUGAAGCUGCUACCAUCGUAAAGAAUGAGGUCCAAGUGGUGAAGGAUAGAGCCCAGAAAAUUGUGGAUGGGAUUGAGAAAGAAAAAGCUUUCGCAGAAGAAAAACUAGAAGCUGCCAAGCCAGCUUUAGCGGAAGCUGAAGCUGCGCUGAAUACCAUCAAACCAGCUGACAUAGCCACUGUAAGAAAAUUGGCCAAGCCUCCACAUCUCAUCAUGAGGAUUAUGGACAGCUGCCUGCUUUUAUUUCAAAAGAAGUUAGACUCCAUCACUGUUGAUCCAGAACGGCCUUGUCUUAAGCCGUCAUGGGCAGAAGCACUGAAGUUAAUGAGUGCUACUGGUUUUAUGGCGUCCCUCCAGCAGUUCCAAAAGGACAAAAUUAAUGCAGAAACAGUAGAACUACUGCAACCCUACUUUGAAAUGGAAGACUAUACAAUGGAAAAUGCCAAGAAAGUGUGUGGUAAUGUUGCUGGUCUGCUAGCAUGGACCGUGGCUAUGGCCACUUUCUAUGGCAUAAACAAAGAAGUGCUGCCACUCAAGGCUAACCUGGUAAUUCAAGAAAACAGGCUAAGAGUAGCCAAUAAUGAGCUAGGCCAGGCAGAGGCUCAGCUGGCCGAGAAACAGGCAGAGUUUGAUAAAGUCAAGGCCAAAUGUGAUGCUGCUAUGAAAGAGAAACAGGACUUGUUGGAUGAUGCUGAGAUGUGUAGAAAUAAAAUGCAAGCUGCAUCCGCACUUAUUGAUGGACUUGGUGGAGAGAAGAUUCGCUGGAUUGAACAAAGCAAAGAGUUUAAAUCACAGAUAAACAGACUCGUGGGUGACGUGCUCCAACUCACUGGUUUCUUGUCCUACUGUGGACCAUUCAACCAGAGCUUCCGUGACAUGUUGUUGAAGGAAAUUUGGGAGGCAGAGCUCAGGAGCCAUAAAAUCCCUUUUACAGAAAACCUCAACAUCAUUUCUGCCCUUGUGGAUCCUCCCACUAUAAGUGAGUGGAACCUUCAGGGACUUCCAGGAGAUGACACUUCUGUGCAAAAUGGCAUCAUUGUCACAAAAGCAGCAAGAUAUCCCCUCCUCAUUGAUCCCCAGACUCAGGGAAAGGCUUGGAUUAAGAAAAAGGAAAUGGCCAAUUCACUCCAAGCAACAUCACUCAACCACAAGUUCUUUCGUACUCAUUUGGAGGACUGCCUGUCUUUGGGGCGGCCACUCCUGAUUGAAGAUAUAUGUGAGGAACUGGAUCCUGCCCUCGAUAAUGUCCUUGAGAAAAACUUUAUUAAAUCGGGAACCAGUUUCAAGGUUAAAGUGGGAGAUAAAGAGGCAAAUGUAAUGGAUGGCUUCCAACUUUACAUAACCACCAAACUACCUAACCCAGCAUACACCCCAGAAGUCAGCGCCAAGACAUCCAUCAUUGAUUUCACCGUAAACAUGAAGGGUCUGGAGAACCAGCUGCUGGGUCGUGUCAUUCUAAGAGAGAAGCAUGAACUUGAGGCAGAAAGGUUGAAGCUGAUUGAGGAUGUAACUGCCAAUAAGAGAAAGAUGCAAGAAUUGGAAGACAACUUGCUGUUCAAACUCAGCAGCACAAAAGGUUCCUUAGUUGAUGAUGACUCGAUGAUUGGCAUUCUCACUACAACAAAACAAACUGCUGCUGAAGUUAGUGCGAAGCUCAGUGUUGCAGCAGAAGCAGAGUUGAAGAUCAAUGUAGCUCAAGCAGAGUAUCGUCCUGUUGCAUCUCGAGGCAGCAUCCUUUACUUCCUUAUCACAGAGAUGAGCAUGGUCAAUGUUAUGUACCAGACAUCCCUGGGUCAGUUCCUCAAAAUCUUUGACCUGUCACUACUAAGGUCCGAAAAAGCUGCUAAAACUCAGAAGCGAAUCGCAAACAUCAUUGAAUAUCUGACAUUUGAGGUGUUCAGAUACACAGUCCGAGGCCUGUAUGAAAACCACAAGUUCAUCUUCACUCUCUUGCUCGCCCUCAAAAUCGACUUACAGAAGAACAAAAUAGAGCACAGCAAGUUUCAGAUUCUUAUUAAAGGUGGCGCAGCUCUUGACCUGAAGACGUGCCCUACAAAACCAUUCAGUUGGAUUCUAGAUAUGGUGUGGCUGAACUUGGUGGAACUCAGCAAGUUGCCGCAAUUCAGUGAAAUCAUAACCCAGGUGUCUCAAAGUGGGAAACACUGGAAAGCGUGGGUGAAUCUUGAUGCUCCAGAGGAAGGUGUAAUUCCAGAUGGAUACAACUCUCUUGAUGUCUUCCAGAAACUUUUGUUGAUAAGGUCUUGGUGCCCUGACCGAACACUGUGUCAGGCCGUAAAGUAUGUGGGAGACUCGUUGGGCAUGAGGUUUGCGGAGCCUGUCCUCUUGAACCUUCACAGCACAUGGAUGGAAAGUGACCCUCUCACCCCUCUCAUUUGCUUCCUUUCUAUGGGAUCAGAUCCAACUGAUCAGAUCGAAGCACUUGCCAAGAAACUUGAACUUGAAUGCAGAGCAAUAUCCAUGGGACAAGGGCAAGAGGUGCAUGCAAGGAAGCUUAUUCAGACCUCAAUGACACAGGGAGGUUGGGUCCUUCUGCAAAACUGUCACCUUGGCUUGGAGUUUAUGGAUGAGUUGCUAGAAACAAUCACAACUGCGGAGACCAUGCAUGAUACUUUCAGAGUUUGGAUCACCACAGAACCACAUGACCAUUUCUCUAUCACACUCUUGCAGUCCUCAAUCAAGUUUACCAACGAUCCACCCCAGGGAAUACGUGCUGGCUUGAAACGAACAUUCGCAGGAAUUUCACAAAACCAGUUAGAAGUCAGCAACCUUCCCAUGUGGAAGCCUUUGCUGUACAGUGUGGCCUUUCUCCACACUGCUGUGCAGGAACGACGCAAAUUUGGUCCAUUGGGUUGGAACAUACCAUAUGAGUUCAACUCUGCUGAUUUCACUGCAAGUGUGGAAUUUGUUGAAAGACACUUGGAUGAUUGUGGGCCCAAAAAGGAUGUGUCAUGGGUAACUGUGCGAUACAUGCUGGCUGAGGUGCAAUAUGGAGGAAGGGUUACAGAUGACUAUGACAAACGCUUAUUGAAGUGUUUUGCUCGCGUAUGGUUCAGUAAAAAGAUGUUUGACCCAGCGUUCUUAUUUUACACUGGAUAUAAAAUUCCUGUGUGCAAGACAGUAGAGGAAUACAUGGAAUACAUACAGAGCCUGCCCACUGUGGAUUCCACCGAAGCCUUGGGACUCCAUCCUAAUGCUGAUAUCACAUACCAGACAAACACAUCUGCUGAAGUGUUGGACACAAUCACAAAUAUUCAGCCCAAGGAAAGCGCAGGUGGAUCAGGAGUGACUCGAGAGUCCAUUGUUCACAGCAUGGCAGAGGACAUGUUGGACAAACUUCCCCCUAAUUAUGUGCCACAUGAGGUCAGAGCCAGACUCUUGAAGAUGGGACCUCUUAACCCAAUGAACAUCUUCCUACGUCAGGAGGUGGAUCGAAUGCAAAGGAUUAUCAGCUUGGUGCGCUCUAGUCUGACUGACCUGAAGCUGGCCAUUGAUGGCACUAUUAUAAUGAGCGAGAACCUCCGUGACGCCCUGGACAACAUUUUUGAUGCCCGUGUGCCAAAUCUGUGGAGGAAAAUCUCCUGGGAGUCUUCCACUCUGGGCUUUUGGUACACAGAGCUUCUGGAGAGAAACAAACAGUUCCACUCAUGGGUCUUUGAAGGACGACCCAAAACUUUUUGGAUGACCGGCUUCUUUAACCCUCAGGGGUUCCUAACAGCUAUGAGACAAGAGGUAACUAGGGCAAACAAAGGCUGGGCUCUAGACACAGUUACACUGAACAAUAAAGUACUGAAGCAGGCAAAGGAGGAGAUCACAGCCUCACCAGCAGAGGGAGUAUAUGUCUAUGGUUUGUACCUGGACGGAGCUGCCUGGGACAGGAAGAACACCCAUCUCAUUGAAUCCUCACCCAAAGUGCUGUUUACGCUAUUACCUGUCGUCCACAUGUUUGCUGUCAACUCCACGGCUCCUUUUGAUCCUAAGCUUUAUGUCUGUCCCAUCUAUAAGAAACCAAGGCGCACAGAUCUGAAUUACAUCACAGCAGUGGUGUUGAAUACCGUCCAGUCUCCAGACCACUGGAUUUUGCGUGGGGUUGCUUUGCUCUGCGACAUUAAAUAAAAUGUAGUAGCAGGCCACUGAUAUAAGUGUUUAGGUGUGUCUAAUUAAAUCUAGUUGCACCCUGUUUGCACUAAAUAAAUAAAAUGCUGUUAUCUCAUCACAUCCUGAGUAUUCAGUCUAUGUUUUGGACUUAUACCUAAUUAUUAGAAUAUACAAUAAACACUAGUCAUUAUUUAAAAAAUAACAUUAGUAUUAAUAAAAAUAAAAUGUGUAAAAUCUUUAUUAGUCUCCAAAGAUAAUAAGGAAAAAAAUAACAAAAUCUGACUUAAACAAGCCAAACUUUAUUGAAGAAUUUCAGAAGCAUCUUGGACUUGUGAACUAUGAACAGCUUAAAGGAUAAUAUGUCAAAGUGCUUUCUUAUUUUAACUCACUACUUAUUGUAAUAUGAAUGACACUUACCUUCUUUUAUGGAACAAGAAUAGAGAUGAAGGCAGUAAUCCACAUUGGAUAUAACGGAAUAAGGUAAGAAUCUCUCUAGUUGACCUUGCUGAUUUUUGUGUUCAUCAUAUGUUGAACUCACCCCCUGUUUCCAUACAGAACAAAAGUAGUGAUGAAGGCGGAAGGCUUCAACACUUCAGGAGGUGAGACCAACCACCAAACCUCCCGGGCCUCACUCACACGUUGCAUUAAAAUGCAGGUAACCCUUCUUCUAGAAAGGCCAAGAUUUAUUAAUUUGUUUGUCAUUUAAGAUCAAGAUGAGUUACAGACAAUGAAUGCUGUUCAAUGCAAUGCAUAUAAAAUUAAGCCAAUAGCAAGGAAGGGAGUGCUGUUUGAGUGACAUGUUCUUUUUCACUGGGUAGAAGACAAGCAACUGGCGCCAGCCAUCUCGUCCCCCCUCACCCCCACCCUUUGAGUGAUUCGCAAUCAUGUCAAUAGGGGAGAAUGGUGUCCCUUUGAAAAAGUGUUCUUCAUCAAACCCAAUUAAUUCCGCUUCUUUCACUUAUUAUUUCCACCGUAGACCACGUCCUGGUAGUCAGCCUGUUAACUAAAGCCUGGGCUCCAAUGAAGGUCAUGCUUGACCAAGCAAAAUAACAUAAUAAUGUGUUUAAUUAAUUCCUAGCUCUGGAAGGCUCUUGAGCAAAUACUGGGUAUUGCUACAAGUUUUUUUUACAAAGGUGUAGUUAUAAUCAUUUAUGACUGAAUAUCGCAUAGUCAAACACGUCCUUUCUAUUAGACUAUAAGAUGUUAAGGAUAUGAAUAUUAGUGAUACUGGUGAAGUGAUCCCACUGCAAAACUAAAGGAGAAAUACGUACGUGACAGAAGAAAUAACUUACUUAAUUAAUACUUAAUUAAUUUUCUAAACAUUUGUCUUUAAAUUGUGUUUGAUGUGCGCACCACUGUCACUCUACGAUAUAUUAAACCUCAACCACUCCCAUAAAAAAAACUGUUUCCUAUUUCCUACAUCAACCUCCAAAUCUGGAUUGAUGUCAAUUUAAAGAAGAAAAAAAAGUAGAGCUACGUCUGUAGCAGCUACUCCAAUAUUUUAAAGUAUUUGGACAGUAGUAUUUGGAUGUAAUAUUUCCUCCAAAAAUAAAUUGGGGCAGUUAAGCCACACAGGCUACUGAAGGGCAAUUACAGCUUGAGCCCUUGUGGCCUCGGCAGCCGAACAGGCGGGGGCCCCUGACACCCCUGGUUGGGCCUGAUGGAGUGGAGCUUCAUCUGCCUAACGGCCUGGCAAAACUCCACAGGCCUGGACGUACACAACAGGCCUCCAUCAGGCCAGCGCUCUCUGUCAAAGCUUACAUGGCCUAUUGUACACCAGGACUCAUUAACGGCACAAAGUCAUGUUGGUGGCUCACUAAUGGACGGUUAGAAAUUAGAAGAAUGACAUAGUCCGCAAUGAAAGUGGGGAACUAGUAUGCAACAGUAUUAAAGACUGAAGAUUAAAAAACAUCCUCAAACAUUUGUAAGCGUGUCUUCCAGUUAAAAUAAAUGUUACGUGUUACUUCUUUGGCUUUUUGGUCGGUUGUAGUGAAAAGUUUUAAUGACAAUGAACAGCAAAACAUAUGAAACUGACAAAUUUUGCUUUUGCUUUUUGUUUUGCCAGAUAAAAUUGCCUCCAAAGCAUCACAGAAUUAAUGACAUAAUGUUUUAAAUAAAGGGAAACAUGCUUAGUUUCUCAUCCCUUGAGUCUGUGACAUAACAUGAAAUUAGAACCAUGGACAAAACAAAGAAAUUUAGCUUUGAUAGCCCACCACCUUUUUGCAUUGAUGAAAUACACAUAAAGUAUAGAACAAACAUGCGACAUCACAGGGACUGUAUUCCUGUUAGAAGUGUCAGUGAAAUGUCAUGUACUUCGUGGUCCAACGUUAUAUCUGUGCUAUUUCAAGGGGGUAAGAGUCACUGCCAGCACCUAUGAACUUUCUCACUUUAAAUCUACCUGACUUAAUUUUGUCAACAAUGCACUGAGGACGUUCCUUUCACAAUAAAAAUGGAUAU